AUGGCUCAGGCGAGGAUCAGCGCCAAGGCCAACGAGGGCCGCUUCUGCCGCUCCUCGUCCAUGGCCGACCGCUCCAGCCGCCUGCUCGAGAGCCUGGACCAGCUGGAGCUCAGGGUGGAGGCUCUGCGGGAGGCAGCCACAGCCGUGGAGCAGGAGAAGGAGGUGCUCCUGGAGAUGAUCCACAGCAUCCAGAACAGCCAGGACAUGCGGCAGAUCAGCGACGGAGAACGAGAAGAAUUAAAUCUGACUGCAAACCGUCUGAUGGGCCGGACCCUGACUGUGGAGGUUUCAGUAGAAACAAUCAGGAGUCCCCAGCAGCAGGAGUCCCUCAAGCAUGCCACGCGGAUCAUUGAUGAGGUGGUCAGCAAGUUUCUGGACGACCUGGGAAACGCCCGGAGUCACCUGAUGUCUCUGUACAGCGCGUGUUCCUCUGAGGUGCCUGCAGGGCCGGUGGACCAAAAGUUCCAGUCCAUCGUGAUCGGCUGUGCUCUCGAGGAUCAGAAGAAAAUCAAGAGACGACUAGAGACCCUGCUCAGGAACAUUGAAAACUCUGACAAGGCCAUCAAGCUGCUGGAGCAUUCUAAAGGAGCUGCUGCCAAAACGCUGCAGCAGAACGCCGACACCAGAUUCAACUAG